CCCGUUUACGAGCUGUUGCUGUUUGAGAGCGUGUGUCGUACAGAUUUUUCAAAAUCUCAAUAAAUCUCGGAUAUAUUUUGAAUUUUCGAAAGACAACAACAGCAAAAUGUAUCUUAGAUACUAUUUGAACGAAAAGGGUGACAGGCAAUACACACUGGCGACCAUUGAUCCUUAUGGAAAACCUACAAUAUCUGCACAUCCAGCCCGCUUCUCACCAGAGGACAAGUAUUCAAGACACAGAAUAAUAAUCAAGAAGAGAUUUGGCCUCCUUCUCACACAACAACCAGAACCUAUAUUAUAAGAUGUGUUUAUCUAUCAAAUAAGUCUAAUUAUAAGUUUAACAUUUAAA